AUGACGCUUUUCCAUUUUGUUAAUUGUUCUAUAUCCGUCUUUGCCCCAUAUUAUAUAAUAUAUGAUGGAUAUAAAUUAUCAAAAAAUGAAGGAUUCACAAAAUUGUUCUUUAUAACGCUCUUCUAUUACUUUGCCUCUCAAAUUGUUAAGUUGUUUGCGUUGGCUUUUCUUUCAAUAGGACUUAUACAGAGCAUGACAAUUUUCAAUAUCGUUUUUCAAGAGGCUGGAAAUUUUUUUGAUCUAAUAGGACUUUAUUAUGUUUUAUCUCAUAAGCAAAUGCAUAUGUUCAACAUAAAGAGUAGAAUAUUGUCUACAGGCCUUAGUUGGGGAUUUUGUGAAUCAGUUGCCACAAAUUUUUUCCCCUUUUUAAUUGGAGGGAAAUCAGUUGAUUUUUCUUUGAAACAUAUUUAUAGAUCUAUAUCAGCAAAUACAUUUUUGGUCUCUAAUUUGAGUAAAACUUAUUUGUUAUAUUUAUGGAUAAACAAUGUGCAAAAUAAAAAAAAAGUAAAUUCAGUUAAUUCGCUUUUAAUAUAUUUCACGUUUAUCCUUCCCCUUAUAAAUAAAAUAAUUUUAAUAAAUGAAGAUAUUAUUAGUAGUAUGAUAUUUAUUAAGUUGAUUGCCCUUUUUCUCAUUACCUUUAUUUUAUUUUGUUCCGUAAAAUAUAUUUUUAAUUCACAAAAUGAGAAAGUAGAAAUCGUCAAAAGCAACUCUUCACAUUCUUAUGUUAACGAUGUAAAUGUUAAGAAUGAAGAUAACGAAAACGAUGCAAAUAAAGGAUUGAAAAAAAAAUAUAAUAGAAAGAAAAAAAGCAGAUAA